GCUAGCUAUCAGUAUAAAAAAACCAACCCAAAUGCUUAAUGGCCAUAGAAGAGCAUAGAGGCAUAACUUUCUAGACAAAUAUGAACUUCAAUCUUGCAUUAGUGAUUAUAGUAUCCACAAUUUUGGGAAUUGGGCUUGAAGGAUGCGAUAGCAAGGUUGUGCAGUUCAUUUUUGGAGACUCACUCUCGGAUGUUGGAAAUAACAUGCAUCUCUCAAGAAGCCUUGCCCAGGCAAGCUUGCCUUGGUAUGGUAUAGACAUGGGUAACGGGUUACCUAAUGGAAGGUUCACUAAUGGUCGCACAGUGGCUGACAUAAUAGGUGAUAAUAUGGGCCUCCCUAGGCCUCCUGCAUUCCUGGACCCAUCUGUAAAUGAAGAAGUUAUACUUGAAAACGGUGUGAACUAUGCUUCUGGUGGUGGCGGCAUCUUGAAUGAAACUGGCGCCUAUUUUAUCCAAAGGUUUUCUCUGGACAAACAAAUUGAGCUGUUUCAGGGGACACAAAAGUUAAUUAGAGGCAAAAUUGGAAAAAGGGCCGCGUACAAGUUUUUCAAGGAAGCUAGUUAUGUUGUUGCUUUAGGGAGCAAUGACUUUAUCAACAACUACUUGAUGCCUGUUUACACUGAUUCAUGGACAUACAAUGAUGAAACCUUCAUGGACUACUUAAUAGGAACAUUGGAAAGACAACUAAAGCUACUUCAUAGUUUAGGAGCAAGACAACUGGUGGUUUUUGGGUUGGGUCCAAUGGGUUGCAUUCCCCUUCAAAGGGUGCUUACUACAACUGGGAAUUGUCGAGAAAAAGCAAACAAGCUGGCUCUUACCUUCAACAAAGCUUCAAGCAAGUUAGUUGAUGACUUGGCGAAGGACUUUCCUGAUUCAAGUUAUAAAUUUGGAGAUGCAUAUGAUGUUGUUUAUGAUGUGAUUAGCAGUCCAAAUAAGUAUGGAUUCCAAAACGCAGACUCGCCCUGUUGUUCCUUUUGGAAUAUUCGACCCGCCCUUACAUGUGUACCUGCAUCAAGUCUGUGCAAAGAUAGAAGCAAAUAUGUCUUUUGGGAUGAGUACCACCCCACAGACAGUGCUAAUGAGCUAAUUGCAAAUGAACUCAUCAAGAAAUUUGGACUUUCAAAUACUAAUCAAGGAAGUGUACCUUCCCCAGCACCUGCUGUUGCUCCAUCCCCGGAUGACCAAUGAUUCAGGGUUUUAUUGCCUAAUGCUUGAAUUGCCUGUCGAAGCAAGUAUCUUCAUGUUCCAAGACCAGUGUUCCUGUCAGUUAUAGUGUUAUACAUAAUUUCUUGUUAGAAAAUAACAAAGAAACUUUUGAUAUCUCCUUUUAUUCUGCAUCAAACAUGUAGCCCACCAGUUAAUUAUGAAAUACUGUAUUAUCUUCUUCAAAUUGAGCCACUUUGGUCUUUUGAUCAGGUUCAAUAAAUUGUUUUUGUUGAA